GCUAACAAAAUGUUAGGUGUAUUGAAACGAACAUGUACUCAACUGACAGACAUAAAAGCCAGGCGAACUCUUUAUUUGACUCACGUGAAGUCGCAAUUAUGCUACGCAUCGGAAGUCUGGUCGCCCGUAAACAACAUCCAACUCUCAAAGCGGAUUGAAAGAGUGCAACGUCGGGCGACGCGAUGGAUCAUGAUAAGCAGAAGAGGAGAGCUGAGUUACAAAGAACGUCUGUUGGCCUUGGACCUUCUGCCGUUAACCUUCGAUAGAGAGGUUAAGGACUUGGUGUAUCUUGGUUUGGUUAUGUAA